AUGUCAUUCCAAAAAUAUAUCAAUAGUGAUAUAGAUGUUUCUGGACACAUAGUAGAUAGAGCUCAUGUUGAACUUCUGGAAGAAUUUGAUAAACAAAAUGAUUAUGAUUUAAAGGCUAAAGAACGCAAAUAUGACAAACAGUUUUAUUCAAUGUAUCAGUAUAGAUUAUCGAUUUUAAAGCAAAGUGUGGACAAUAAUGCGUUAAAUAAAUGGGGUGAUGGGACCAAGAAGGUCAAUGGACAAACUGUAACUAAAAGAGAUAAAAUAUUAGAUAUAUCUAGUGGGCAGUUAUGCUGGGUAAGUGGUACUAUAUUUUCUGACAUGAAGAAUAAAUUGAAUAUUUUGCAGGAUGUUGAAAAUGGGGUGGAUGACGUGUUACCAAAGGUUCCUGAAACUUAUACAUUAUCAGAAGUGAAAGAAAUGCCCGUCGUUAUGUUGGAAGAUGAGUCAGGUAGAGCUAUUUUAAACAACGACGAUUUCUUAAAGAAGAAUAUUUUGGUGACCGGAUGCAUUGUUGCAAUAUUAGGAAUUGAGAUCCAAGCUGGUAUCUUUGAGAUAAUGGACGUUGUUUAUCCUUCGGUAUCACCGCAAAAACCUCUUGUGGCCCCCAAAAAAGAAAACAGUAAGAUUGCGUUUGUAUCGGGACUCAAAUUAUGUGAUGAAGCUAAUCACGAUAUAAAGAUAGAGUUAUUAAAGCAAUAUCUAACGGGUGAGUUAGGAUGCAACACGGACACUCAAGCGGCAUCGUAUAUAUCACGCUUGGUCAUAGCUGGAGACUCAAUCGCCCCAAUUGAGGAGACUGUAGAUGACGACUUCUUCACCACUAAUAAUUAUGGAUCUAAAAAUAUCUCUAAGUUUAAUACGGACUCGUUGAAGAGCUUGGACAAAUUCAUAACUGAUUUGUUGCCGUCGGUGCCAAUAUCAAUAAUGCCCGGUAACAACGAUCCAGCUGAAAUAUGCUUGCCUCAGCAGCCACUUCACAAGUCGAUUUUUCUGUCCAACAAACGGUACGUCGGAGGCUCUACACUACAAACCCUAACCAAUCCGACGUGGAUGGAAGUCCAAGAAAGCGGGUUACGUCUCUUGGGGACAUCGGGUCAGAAUAUCAGCGAUAUCUUGAAGUACUUAACUGCCGAAACCCUCACCGAUCCGCAAGUCGUCCUCACCAUCAUGGAAUCAAACAUCAAGUGGCAGAAUAUCAUUCCUACAGCCCCAGACACCCUCUACUGCUACCCAUUUGAUAAUGCAGACCCAUUCACCCUCGCGGAUGAAACCCCCCACGUCUAUUUCGUCGGAAAUCAAAAGCUGUACCAUACAAAAACCAUUAACUUACAAAAAGACCACGAUAACCACGAAACCGCUCAAAUUACUCUUAUCAGUAUCCCUGAUUUUUCGCAGACUGGCCAAAUCGUCUUAUUAGACCUCACCACUCUUGAGUGUGAAUUGGUCUCAUUUAAUAUAUAG